GAUGCACAGAGAUUCUUAUAACCCAUCACUUAAAUUACACGGCAAAAAAAGGAGAUUUCUUUUUAGAGAGAGAGAGAGGAGAGAGAGAGAGUUUGAAGGAAGGAGACAUGCUUGAUUUCAACCCAACAAGAAACAGCACUUGUGUUUAUUUCUUACUAUCUUAUUAACUUUACCAGAUUCCACAGCUAAUCAUGGUGGAGUUCCGAUGAACAAGAAACUUCACAUAAAUUUUUUGCCUCAGAAGGUGGUAUUUCCGUCUCCUUGCUGUCAGGAGAUGAAGUCUUUGGAUCCAAACUUACAAGGCGAGACAUUGCGGUUGACACAUUCAACUAUUAACUCCCAAGACGAAAUGACUACCUCGGAGAAAACAAAUUCUCAAGAUCAAUGUGCCUCCUCCGAAUACGUUCAUGAUGAAAGAUAUGGAAGAGAUAUGCAAGCUCAAAUAAAGCCUGCUCUUUUUUCGUCGCAAAAUGAAGUGGCCCAUUCAACAGGUUUCUCUCCUAUUGGUUACUCUGAUCCCUAUAUGAGUGGCUUAUAUACUGCUUAUGGACCUCAAGCUUUUGUGCCACAAAUGAUGGGGAUAGCGCCUACCCGCGUCCCACUCCCCUUAGAUCUUGCAGAGGAUGGACCAAUUUAUGUAAAUGCAAAACAGUACCAUGGGAUCAUGAGGCGGAGACAGAUACGUGCUAAGCUUGAGGCUCAGAACAAACUUGUCAAAAAUAGAAAGCCAUAUCUUCACGAGUCACGGCAUCUUCAUGCAGUGAAUAGAGUUAGAGGUUCCGGAGGACGUUUUCUUAGCUCAAAGAAAGUGCAUCAAUCUGAUCCAAAUAGUUACCCCACUAACUCAGCUUCUUCUCAAGACUCAGUUGAGCGCGAAAAUUCAACUUCUGCUUUCUCAAGUGUCCGGAAAGAUGUCAACAACGGCGUCAGCUUCCAGCAGCAACCUGAUCACAGGGCCUUUGGUGUAUCCUCUCACAUGGCGAUUACCAUGCAAGGCAAUGGGACUCAGCAACGUGCUCCAGUUGUCCGGUGAUAACUUCUAACUGAACAAAGGUAGUCACCGGCAGGCAAAUCAUCCUUGGCUUUAUCCUUUCUAUUAAGUAUCUCUGGUUUUUGUAAGUGUCAAAUGGAUUUCCACUGUUGUAAUAGUGAAUUUGGUUUGCUAAUCCUAGAUUUGAACCUAGAUUAUGAAAAGAAAGCUUUUUGUUGUGAAUUAGUGAUCUGUUUUGCUGCACGUCUGCACCUAGCAUGGAAUGGUGUAUGCAGUGGAAGUUGUUAAUGAAACUGAAAAGAAAAGAAACAAAAUGUUGCGGUGUAUUGAGUGGAACAAGAUGUUGAUGUAUAAUGCCAAAUUUAAUAAGAAAAAGUUGUGCAAUG